CCGGGCUGGAUCUCGGCCUGGACUCCGCGCACGCGCAGGGAAGGCACAGGCUCGGCCGCGGGUCGGAGGUUCCUGGGAUCCUAGAGCUGCGGCCCCGCCGCUUCGUCCCGCCUCUCGCCAGGCCUCCGCUCCAGCUCUGGGCCGGUGGCGCAGAGCCGUCAGGAUGAGCGUCCCCGACUACAUGCAGUGUGCCGAGGACCACCAGACCCUCCUGGUGGUGGUGCAGCCUGUGGGCAUCGUAUCGGAGGAGAACUUCUUCAGGAUCUACAGGAGGAUCUGUGCGGUGAGCCAGCUCAGCGUGCGUGACUCGCAGCGCGCGCUCUUCAUCCGCUACCGCCACCACUACCCACCCGAGAACAACGAGUGGGGAGACCUGCAGACGCACCGCAAGGUGGUGGGCCUCAUCACCAUCACCGACUGCUUCUCGGCCAAGGACUGGCCGCAGACCUUCGAGAAGUUCCAUGUGCAGAAGGAGAUCUAUGGCGCCACGCUCUAUGACUCGCGCCUCUUCGUCUUCGGCUUGCAGGGGGAUGUGGCGGAGCAGCCGCGCCCUGACGUGGCCUUCUACCCCAGCUACGAGGACUGCGACUCGGUGGAGAAGCGCAUCGAGGACUUCAUCGAGUCCCUGUUCAUCGUGCUGGAGUCCAAGCGCCUGGACAGAGCCACCGACAAAUCCGGGGACAAGAUCCCCCUUCUGUGUGUCCCCUUUGAGAAGAAGGACUUCGUGGGACUGGACACGGAUAGUAGACAUUACAAGAAGCGGUGCCAAGGACGCAUGCGGAAGCACGUGGGGGACCUGUGCCUCCAGGCUGGGAUGCUGCAGGAUGCCCUGGUGCACUACCACAUGUCUGUGGAGCUUCUCCGCUCAGUGAACGACUUUCUGUGGCUAGGGGCUGCCCUGGAAGGGCUGUGCUCUGCUUCCGUCAUCCACCACUAUCCUGGCGGAACCGGUGGCAAGACUGGGGCUCGGAGGCUCCAAGGCAGCUCACUUCCCUCAGAAGCAGCGAACAGACACCGGCCAGGGGCACAGGAAGUUCUCAUUGACCCAGGUGCCCUCACCACCAACGGCAUAAACCCUGACACCAGCACUGAGAUUGGGCGGACCAAGAACUGCCUCAGCCCCGAGGACAUAAUUGACAAAUACAAAGAGGCCAUUUCCUAUUACAGCAAGUAUAAGAAUGCAGGGGUGAUUGAGCUGGAAGCCUGUGUGAAGGCCGUGCGGGUCCUGGCUAUUCAGAAGCGCGGCAUGGAAGCUUCAGAGUUUCUGCAGAAUGCUGUAUACAUCAACCUCCGGCAGCUUUCUGAAGAGGAAAAAAUUCAGCGCUACAGCAUCCUGUCAGAGCUCUACGAGCUGAUCGGCUUCCACCGUAAGUCCGCCUUCUUCAAGCGCGUGGCGGCCAUGCAGUGUGUGGCCCCGAGCAUCGCAGAGCCAGGCUGGAGGGCCUGUUACAAGCUCCUCUUGGAGACGCUGCCUGGCUACAGUCUGUCGCUAGACCCCAAGGACUUCAACAAAGGCACACACCGAGGUUGGGCUGCUGUGCAGAUGCGCCUGCUGCAUGAGCUGGUCUACGCCUCCCGCAGGAUGGGGAACCCUGCGCUGUCUGUGCGGCACCUGUCCUUCCUCCUGCAGACCAUGCUGGAUUUCCUCUCGGAUCAGGAAAAGAAAGACGUGACUCAAAGCCUGGAGAACUACACAUCCAAAUGUCCUGGGACGAUGGAGCUCAUCACUCUACCAGAUGGCCUCACACUGCCCCCGGUGCCUUUCACCAAGCUGCCCAUCGUCAGGUGUGUGAAACUGUUGAGCCUCCCUGCCAGCCUCCGGCCACAGAAGGUGAAAAGCUUGCUGGGGCAGAACAUGUCCAUCAAGAGCCCCUUCAUCUAUUCACCAAUCAUCGCGCAUACCCGUGGAGAGGAGCACGGCAAGAAAAUCGAUUUCCAGUGGGUUCAAGGAGACGUGUGUGAGGUUCAGCUAAUGGUCUACAACCCAAUGCCGUUCGAGCUCCGCGUGGAGAACAUGGGGCUCCUCACCAGCGGAGUGGAGUUCGAGUCUCUUCCUGCAGCACUCUCCCUUCCCGCGGAGUCUGGUCUUUACCCGGUGACCCUGGUCGGGGUCCCCCAGACGACAGGAAUGAUCACUGUGAAUGGUUACCACACCACCGUCUUUGGGGUCUUCAGCGACUGCCUUCUGGACAACCUCCCAGGAGUGAAAACCAGCGGGUCCACUGUGGAGGUCAUUCCAGCCUUGCCCAGACUACAGAUCAGUACAUCCCUUCCCAGGUCCGCACAUUCAUUGCAACCUUCCUCUGGUGAUGAGAUAUCUACUAAUGUAUCUGUCCAGCUUUACAAUGGAGAAACUCAGCAGCUCACCAUCACCUUGGAGAACAUUGGACUGGAGCCACUGGAGCAGCUGGAAGUCACUUCAAAGCUUCUCACCACCAAGGAAAAGCUGUAUGGAGACCUCUUGAGCUGGAGGCUGGAGGAAACGCUGGUCCAGUUCCCGCUGCAGCCUGGGAAGGUGGCCAUUUUCACCAUCAACAUCAAAGCAAAGCUUGACUUCUCCUGCCAGGAGAACCUCCUCCAGGACCUUAGUGACGAUGGAAUCAGCGUGAGCGGCUUUCCUCUGUCCAGUCCUUUCCGCCAGGUCGUCCGGCCUCGAGUGGAGAACAGACCCACGAACCCUGCUGAGAGCAGCAAGACGGGGGACCUCAGCCAUCUCAAGACUCUCGAAGCUAUCUUGAACUUCAAGUACUCUGGAGGCCCAGGCCAGGUGGACGGAUAUUACAGGAACCUGGCUCUGGGACUGCACGUGGAAGUGGAGCCCUCCGUAUUUUUCACUCGAGUUAGCACGCUCCCUGCAACCAGCACCCGGCAGUGCCACCUGCUUCUCGACGUCUUCAACUCCACAGAGCACGAGCUGACAGUCUGUGCCAGGAGCAAUGCGGAGCUUGUCUUGCAUGCCGGAGAGUGCCAGAGAUUGGCUAUUCAAGUGGACAAGUUCGACUUUGAGAGUGUCCCAGAACCCCCUGGAGAGAAGGGCCAGUUUGCAAGUCCCAAGCAGCUGGAAGAGGAGAGGCAGGAGGCGUGUGGCCUGGAGAUCAGCAGCAAACUGGACAUUCGCUGGAGAAUCCCCUCUCUGAAGCGCAGCGGCGAGGCGAGCGUGGAGGGGCUCCUGAACCAGCUGGUCCUGGAACACUUGCAGCUGGCUCCUCUGCAGUGGGAUGUGCUGGUGGAUGGACAGCUAUGUGACUGCGAGGUGGCUACUGCCUGCCAGGUUGGUGACCCUGUGUCCCUGGAGGUGCGUCUGACUAACCGGAGCCCUCGCAGCGUGGGGCCCUUUGCCCUCACCGUGGUCCCUUUCCAAGACCACCAGAACGGCGUGCAUAACUACAACCUGCAUGAUGUCAUCUCCUUCGUGGGCUCCAGCACCUUCUAUCUGGAUGCGGUGCAGCCAUCAGGCCAGUCAGCCUGCCUGGGGGCCCUCCUUUUCCUCUACACUGGGGACUUCUUCCUCCAUAUCCGGUUCCACGAGGACAGCAAGAGCAAGGAGCUGCCGCCUUCCUGGUUCUGCCUACCCAGCGUGCACCUGCGCGCCCUGGAGGCACAGGCCUGAGCCGCUCACUCUAAAGGCUCCUGCCAUACCCAACUUUUCCUAUCUGCUCCCAGGAGUUCCCCUGCUGUGUGCUCUGUUCUUGACCCCCCUCACACCCAGUGCAGGCCUGGGUCCCUGUCCCUGUCCCCUGGCCAGUGCUGUGGAUGGUCCUCCCUGAUCUGCCACCUCCCUUUGGCCUUAGAAAUGACAGCCAGUGUGAGGCCCAUUUCGGCCUUUGAUUCUCCUGAGAACUGCUCUCUCUAGGAGCACCGUUGGCAGCUCGGAUAGCUUGGGUGACCAGGGUGAGCAGGUAUUCAAGUGUUCCCCACCCAUCUGGGUGCUGGGCUCCAGGUCUGUGUGUUUGUGUUGCCGCAUCUUCCAGUAAAAGGCCUUGCUCUA